CGUCAAUGUAAAAGUGUAUGGAACAGGUGUUGAGAGCUGUGAUUGGCUGAGAGGGAGACACAAGCACCAAUCAUAAUAUAGCAACAACGUCAUUUAACGUCAUUUAAAAAUGGCCGCGGUCCAGAGGUUAAGAUCCUCAGUAAGGAGAAUUAACAGUUGUGGGAGGAAUAGAGCAACAACUCCCACAGCCUCAAACAAUGAUCUGCAUAUUAAUGUUGAAGAAGAGCUCUCCAAACUUCAGCCGUCUCAACGCCUUCUGGACUUCUACAGGCAGAAAAUUGCCAAAUUUGAUGCAGACCGCCAACAUUUUUUAGAAUUACUUGAAAAAUAUCAGCAGACAACAAAGCCUACUUUUCUUGAGGAGGAGCGGAGAAAACUAACAUGUGAGCUCAUUGAACUUCGUUCUGCUCUCUCAGAUAUUAAUGUAUUUAUUCAUGCUGAGCGUCAGCAAGUUGUUCGAUUGCAUGCAGAAAACGAACGAUUGCAAUUGGACAUUCUUGAAGCAGAAAGGAAAGUGUGUCUGUUAUUGUCUCUGAGUGGUCUCUCUGAAGGGGAACUGAAGGUGUUCCUACGUGAUCCCCAUAGAACCAAAAUUGUCAAGCAAAAGCUCCCACCACACCUUAAACAGAUUCAGAAGAAGUUAAAAGAGGAUAUCCAAGAAGCAGAAUGUGAAGAAAUGAUUACUUUGAGAACACAUGUUAAAUCUCUCACAACACAGUUAGAAGAGUCAGAGAAAACCUGGAGAAGAGAGAGAAAUGCAUUUAUACAAGAUAGAUCACUCUCAACUUCUGAAAGUAAGGCACAAGCAGCCAAGGAUGAAGCACACAUUAAACUGCUUACUGCUAGACUGGAAGAAGCUCAGCGUCUUCUGAGCGAAUCAGUUAAGGAUACAUUAAACAAAAAUGCUGAGGUUCAAGCAUUAGAGGUUACUUGGUUGGCUGAACGAGAUCAUCUGCUGUCUGUUUUAGCAACAGUACAAGAAAAUAUUCCGUUGGUGUCUGAGAUGCAGGCUAUUGAUAGAUCUGGAAGCUACACUGAUCUUUCAACAAUGAAAUCCACAUGUGUAAUGAAGGAUCUACGAAGAGAGAAUGAAUUAUUGAAGGUAAGGGACGCCAUUUUCAAUACUUUUAUUGCUGUUUAAUAUAUACUCUUGUUCUAAAUUUCUUUAUUGUUUAAGAAAUUCCAGCUAUUAGUAACAGAUGGCUCUUGUCAUUUCAGAAAUAUUAUGAUACCUGUAUUCAUGUAUU